CCAUGGCCUUUCCCGGCAUCCCCUAUGAGCGGCGGCUUCUCAUCAUGGCGGACCCUAGAGAUAAGGCGCUUCAGGACUACCGCAAGAAGCUGCUGGAGCACAAGGAGAUCGACGGCCGCCUUAAGGAGUUAAGAGAACAAUUAAAAGAACUUACCAAACAGUAUGAAAAGUCUGAAAAUGAUCUGAAGGCCCUACAAAGUGUUGGGCAGAUUGUGGGUGAAGUGCUUAAACAAUUAACAGAAGAAAAAUUCAUUGUUAAAGCUACAAAUGGACCAAGAUAUGUUGUGGGUUGUCGUAGACAGCUUGACAAAAGUAAGCUGAAGCCAGGAACAAGAGUUGCUUUGGAUAUGACUACGCUCACUAUCAUGAGAUAUUUGCCGAGAGAGGUGGAUCCACUAGUUUACAACAUGUCUCAUGAAGACCCAGGGAAUGUUUCUUAUUCUGAGAUUGGAGGAUUAUCAGAACAGAUCCGGGAAUUAAGAGAGGUGAUAGAAUUACCGCUUACAAACCCAGAAUUAUUUCAGCGUGUAGGAAUAAUACCUCCAAAAGGCUGUUUGUUAUAUGGACCACCAGGCACAGGGAAGACACUCUUGGCACGCGCUGUUGCUAGCCAGUUGGACUGUAAUUUCUUAAAGGUUGUAUCUAGUUCUAUUGUAGACAAGUACAUUGGUGAAAGUGCUCGUUUGAUCAGAGAAAUGUUUAAUUAUGCCAGGGACCAUCAGCCAUGCAUCAUUUUUAUGGAUGAAAUAGAUGCUAUUGGUGGUCGUCGGUUUUCUGAGGGCACUUCAGCUGACAGAGAAAUCCAGAGAACUUUAAUGGAGUUACUGAAUCAAAUGGAUGGAUUUGAUACUCUGCAUAGAGUUAAAAUGAUCAUGGCUACAAACAGGCCAGAUACGCUGGAUCCUGCUUUACUACGUCCAGGAAGAUUAGACAGAAAAAUACAUAUUGAUUUGCCAAAUGAACAAGCAAGAUUAGACAUAUUGAAAAUCCAUGCAGGUCCCAUUACAAAGCAUGGAGAAAUAGAUUAUGAAGCAAUUGUAAAACUUUCAGAUGGCUUUAAUGGGGCAGACCUGAGAAAUGUUUGCACUGAAGCAGGGAGCAGGAGAAUUCAGGACAAGUUGAGAUCAACAGACAGAAAGCUAAUACAAGGGUGCACCAUUGAGGUAGCUGCUGUUGCCAAGGUUUGGAAGAGACCCCAAAGAAACAUACUGUGGGAUGCCUUCAGGAUCACCCAGCUAGAAGCUGAGAGACUGGAACAUUUAUCUACCAGCACUCAUCCCCCACUGGGUAUGUUUGCAAUUCGUGCUGAUCAUGAUUUUGUAGUACAGGAAGACUUCAUGAAAGCAGUUAGGAAAGUGGCUGAUUCUAAGAAGCUAGAGUCUAAAUUAGACUACAAACCUGUGUAACUUACUGUAAGGUUUUUGAUGGCUGCAUGACAGACAUUGGCUUAAUGUAAAAAUAAAAUAAUGUAUAUAUUGGCAAUAAUCUCAUUAAAAAUGUAUGAAUAAAAAUAUGUAUGAGUAACAUCAUAA